AUGGCCGCGGAGCCUUAUGCUAGCCAUAUCACCCUCGAACGAAUCAAGAACGAUGCCGAUGGAACCUUCCACGUGGAAUCGGGUGCUGGAGCAAUGGCCACUCUAGACAUUGGGCCUCUUGGUGGCGUUAGCUACGCGAAUGGCGUCUUCGGAUAUAUCACACUGGGCAUCCAAAUUAAAUACAUCCGGAAUGGAUCUACCGUCGAUACCGGCAAGUACAUCAUCAAUCUUGAACUUGUUUUCCUGACUAGAAAUGGCUGA